CUUCUUUGGCCGACCACUCACAUGCUCUCAAGCUAUAGAUAUUCCCACAUUAAUCCAUGAAAUAGCUUCUUUACUCCUCAAGUGGAAAGCCAACUCCUUGUAUUUAAAAAUCUCGAUAAUUCAGCUGUUGUUUUUCCUUUAGCACCUAGUCGUGUGGGAGUUCUGCUGGCAACCACAAUUUGAUCGUGGAUUCCUUUUGCUGGAAUUUUCCAUGCAUUUAUUUCUUGGAGGUUGGUCAGAUGAAGAGAACCAGCCACAAGUGAGAUUUACUAGUUGGGCCAUUUUCAUAUUAUUAUUUUUAUUUGGAGGAAUUUGUCUAGGUGGGACUAUGCGUCUUCUCACUUAAACUUGCUCAGCCAUGCAAGGUGGCUGAGCACUUCCUUCUGUUUUUCAAGGGAUUCCUGGGACUUAACCUUUCUGUCUUGCGUUCUGCCCAAGGGAGUACAGGGGAGGUUCUUCUGUCAGGGUAUUAGGUUCCUUUAAUUGAGGGUGCGCACUUUGUAGUGUAGUGUAGUAAUGGGGAGGCUAGGUUUUGACAGGGUUUUGGAUUGCUUCUCUCUUUCAAUUUCUCCAAAUUCUUGUCUUUGCAUGGAUCCCAUGGAAGAAGAAGACGAUCUGGAGAGAAAUGCUCUGAUGAAGAGUCACGUCGAGGAGAUGUUAAAGCUUAGAGAUAUUGUUGAUGGAAGCAAGACACUGGCUUUUCAUCUUGAGCCCAAGACUGUAGUUUUAAAGGUGUCAAUGCAUUGCAAUGGCUGUGCAAGAAAAGUGCAGAAACACAUCUCAAAGAUGGAAGGAGUGACCUCCUUUGAAGUAGAUUUGGAGAACAAGAAGGUGGUUGUGAUGGGGGACAUCACUCCUUUCGAGGUCUUGGAGAGUGUUUCCCGGGUCAAGUUUGCAGAGCUAUGGGUGGCUCCUCAGUCAUCUAAAAGUCAACUGCUUGACGAAGGCACCAACACAAAGUCUACCAGUUCUCACUGACAGAUCAUUUACUUUCAUGGAACCUUGCACUUGGUCUUCUUCUCACAUAUCUUGUCCUGUGUCUUCUGUCUUGUUACCAAGCUUGGUUGCUUUAUUUCAACCAGGGGUUUCCUUGGUGAUGAAGCUAAAUUUUCACAUAGUUUCCCUCUUUCUUUAUUUGGGAAGUGGAAAAAUUCCAUUGUUGGGCAUCACUUUUUCGCUAUAAAUAUCAUCCGAUGUGUUGUUUUGUUUUGUA